UGCCUAACAGAUCUUGGAACGGCAACAACAGAAAAAUGGCUACUAACGUUGGGCCUCAAAUUCGCUCUGGUGAGCUCGUGUUUGGUGUUGCACAUAUCUUUGCUUCUUUCAAUGAUACCUUCGUCCAUAUCACUGAUUUGACCGGUAAGGAAACUAUUACUCGUGUCACUGGUGGUAUGAAGGUCAAGACUGACCGUGACGAGUCUUCUCCUUAUGCUGCUAUGUUAGCUGCCCAAGACGCUGCUGUCAAGUGUAAGGAAGUUGGUAUCACCGCUCUUCACAUCAAGAUCCGUGCUACCGGUGGUACUGCUACUAAGACUCCUGGUCCUGGUGCUCAAGCCGCUUUGCGUGCUUUAGCCCGCGCCGGUAUGCGCAUUGGUCGUAUUGAGGACGUUACUCCCGUCCCUACCGACUCUACUCGCAGAAAGGGUGGUCGCCGUGGUCGCAGACUGUGAGCACUUUCGUCCCUUCUUUGUCAUGCUAUUUUGUAUGGCUGGUUUGGACAGAGUCCUCGACGUCUAUUUGGUUUUCUUAUGUAGAAACAUAAAAACA